AACUCGCACGUGUCAUAUUUUUUGUUGUUGUGCAUUUGUUUAAAUUUGUGUAAAUUUAUGUAUUUUAUUAUUUCUCACAUUAUUUAAAUAAAUUAGCAAAAUGAAGGCAAGAUACACUACAGUUGAUAUUGUGGCAGCUAUAAGUGAAAUUAAAAAUAGCUCAUCAAUAGGACUUCGUGUUGCAAAUGUUUAUGAUAUAGACAACAAAACAUUUUUGGUUCGACUUACUCAUGGGGAAAUUAAAUCAACAAUCCUUGUUGAAUCAGGAAAUCGUAUUCAUUUAACAGAGUAUGAUUGGCCCAAAAGCAUGAUGCCAUCAGGAUUUUCUAUGAAGUGUCGUAAACAUCUUAAAGGUAGACGGUUAGCAUCAAUUAAUCAAUUGGGUGUUGAUAGAAUUGUGGACAUGACGUUUGGCUAUGAUGAAGCUGCUUAUCAUCUUAUUGUGGAGCUUUAUGACAGAGGUAAUAUUGUCUUAGCUGAUUUUGAGUAUAACAUCUUACAACUUUUGAGAGUACGUACAGAUGAAAAUGCAGAUGUGAAGUUUGCUGUUAGAGAAAAAUAUCCUGUUGAACUUGCACGGAAAGAAGAACCAUUAUUAUCAAUAAAUAAGCUUGAGGAAAUUAUCAAAAGUGGAAAGUCAACAGAUAGUUUAAAACAAGUUUUGAAUCCUUUGCUUAUUUUCGGUCCUUCCUUGCUAGAGCACUGCUUACUUGAAGGAGGGUUUAGUCCAUCUACUAAACUAUCACAAAUCAACACCAGCGAUAAACAAGAAAUAUCAAAGCUUUACUCUUCCUUACAAAUUGGUGAUAACAUAUUAAAAAAUAUUUCAUCAAAAGAGGGAGAGGGUUAUUUAAUACAAAAAAAAGAAAGUAACGCCAAUGCUGUUGGUGAAAAGGAUUUACUUAUCUAUACUGAAUUUCAUCCAUUUUUGUACCAUCAACAUAAAUCUCUUCCAUUUAUACACUUCCAUUCGUUUAAUAAGUGUGUUGAUGAGUUUUUUUCGAAACUUGAAUCCCAAAAGAUUGAUUUGAAAGCAUUGCAGCAAGAAAAGGCUGCUCUCAAAAGACUUGAGAAUGUCCGUGAAGAUCAUGAAAAGAGAAUACACUCUUUAAAAGAAACACAGGAUAAAGAAGCAAGAAGAGCAAAACUUAUUGAACUUAAUCUACCACUUAUUGAACGAGCAAUCAUAAUUGUGAAUAGUGCAAUUGCAAAUCAGCUUGAUUGGGAAGAAAUAGAGGAUUUGUUAAAGGAAGCAAAACUUAAAGGAGAUCCUGUUGCAAACAUAAUAAAAUCACUACAAUUGAAAACAAAUCAAAUAACAAUUUCAGUAAAUAAUAUUAGUGAUGAGGAAGAAACAGAAUCAGAUGAAGAUGAUUUAGAUGAAGGUGAAAGAAAAAAACAAAAUAAAAAGUCUAGAAAACAAAAGAAAGUUGACAUUAUAAUAGACUUGGGUUUAACUGCUUUUGGAAAUGCCAGAAGUUUACACGAUAAACGAAGGAAUGCUGCGACAAAAGAAGAAAAAACUAUACAAGCGUCAAAAAAGGCUUUAAAAUCUGCUGAAUAUAAAACAAAAGAAACAUUAAAAGAAGUUCAGAAUGCAAAAAUUAUCAAUAAAACAAGGAAAACAUUUUGGUUUGAAAAGUUUUACUGGUUUAUAAGUUCAGAAAACUAUUUAGUGAUUGGUGGUAGAGACCAACAACAAAAUGAAAUCCUUGUUAAAAGAUAUUUAAAAGCUGGUGAUCUUUAUGUUCAUGCUGAUUUGCAUGGAGCAAGUAGUGUCAUUAUUAAAAACUCAACUGGAUUGGAUGUUCCUCCUAAAACACUAAAUGAAGCUGGUACAAUGGCUAUUUGCUACAGUGCAGCAUGGGAGGCACGUGUUAUUACGAGUGCUUGGUGGGUCUAUCAUAAUCAGGUUUCAAAAACUGCACCUUCUGGUGAGUAUCUAACCACUGGUAGUUUUAUGAUACGUGGGAAGAAGAACUUUCUACCUCCUUCUUAUUUAAUUAUGGGAUUUUCUGUGCUUUUUAAAUUGGAUGAGUCUUGCAUAAGUAGACAUGUUAACGAUAGAAGAGUGAAAAGCAACGAUGAUCAAGAAAAUAAGUCAAUUGAAGUUGAAGACUUUGAAUCAAAGCAGUUAAAUAAUGAAUUAGAAUCUGAAAGUGAUGACUCUUCCUCAAAAGAAGAUAUCCAAACAGAAGAAAGCAUGGAGAUGAAGGCUGAUAAAAUGUCAAACCUAGAAAAUGAAGAACUUGUUAAUGAAAUGGGUAAUAUAAUUGAUAAAAUUAUAAAAAUUGACACAGGGAAACAAGAAGGGGACACAGGGAAACAAGAAGAGGACACUGGGAAGAUAAAAUCAGACUCAGAAGAUUUUGAAAAUGCCUUUCCUGAUACUAAUAUACAGCUUUAUCAUGUUUCUGGUGGAAAGUUUGAGUUACAUCCAGAAAAAUCAGGAAAACUAAACACUAACACUGCAAAUAAUACUAUUAAAUCAGAAAAUGACCAGAUAACACAACAGCAAAAAUCUUUAAUGCAACAACAGAAUCGCAAACCAAGAAUAUCCGCCAAACAGCGAAGAGAUUUAAAAAAAAAAGUAAAACAAAACGAUAACGAGGAUAAUGACACUGUUCCUGAAUCUUCAAACAAUAUAAAAGAAAAAUUAGAAAGCACUACCAAAAAUAAAGUUCCAGCUAAUAAAAGUGUUGCUGAAGUUAAGACAUGUGAUCCACCAAAACGUGGUGCUAAGGCAAAACUUAAAAAGAUUAAUGAAAAAUAUAAAGACCAAGAUGAAGAAGAUAGACAACUUUUUCAAGAAAUCAUCAGAUCUAAUGAACCAGCGAGGCCGCCAAAGAAGACAGGAAAAAAUAAAAUUAAAGAAAAAAAUACCAAACAAGUUCAGCAACAAAAACGAGAAGUAAAAAAAAAUACAGUUGAAACAAUUAUUAUUGAACAACCAGAAGGGGAUCAAAGUCUGACUAAUAAUAUCAUUGCUAAUGAUGAAGAACCUGAUGAGGAAAUUGAAAAGGAAAAUAUAACAAUUAUUGACUCACUAACUGGUUGUCCUCUUGAAGAUGAUAUACUAUUGCAUGCAAUACCUUUAUGUGCACCUUACAGCUCUCUUCAAAAUUAUAAGUUUAAAGUCAAGCUUACACCAGGAACUGGAAAACGAGGCAAAGCUGCUAUUUCAUCUCUGCAUUCUUUUCUUAUGACCAAAGGUAUUAGCGAUUGGGAGAAGGAUCUUCUUAAAUGUUUAAAGGACUCGGAUAUUUCAAGAAAUUUACCUGGAAAAGUGAAAGUUUCUGGACCAAAUUUGCAUAAAGUUAAAAAGAAAUGAUUUAGAUUAAAUGAUAAAACGGUUUUGUCUCGUUGUUGUCUCGUUGUUGACUGUUCUUGUUAUUUGAUUAAUCGCAUGAUUUCCGUCGAAGAGCAAUAUCGCUUGCAGUCUUUUGAAUUCAAUUUGGUUUUGAUCUAUAAAAAAAAUAAUAAUAGUGCUUCUCUUAUUUAUAAAUUCAUAUUAAAUAAACUUA